AUGACUGAUCGUCGGAUUUAUAGAAAGGAUCAAAUUAGUGAGCUGCCAAGAAAUAUCAUAGAAGGUAUCCUUGAGCGGAUGUCCAUAAGAGAUGCAGCAAGAACAAGCAUCUUGUCAACCAAGUGGAGGAGUAUUUGGACUACAAUUUCGCAACUCAAGCUUGGUAAUCAGUUUUUCAAAGACACCCUCAAGAUUAAACCAAUAGUCAAACAUGAACUUGUGAGUGUUGUUGAGAAAAUUCUCUUGCUUCAUGAUGGCCCCAUACCGAUGUUUCUUUUCUGCAUUCCAAGAAUACGAUUUGAUUGCAGCGCAGAUAUUGAUCGUUGGAUUCUUUUCCUUUCGAGGAAUGGUAUCAAGGACUUAACUCUUAUUAAUAAUUCAGAUAAUGAACCCUAUAAGUUGCAUUCCUGUAUCUACUCUUGUCCUGAGUUGACUCGUCUAGAGCUUGUCAAUGGUAUAUUCAAAGCACCACGCAAAUCAAGUGGCUUUCAUAAUCUCAUUAGCCUUCAUCUUAAAAAAAUCGCAUUUGCGCACAACAUUCUGAGGAUGCUUUUUUCCAUGUCCCCACUGCUUCAGAGAUUGACCAUCAAACAUUGCACUGGUAUUGGCAAUCUCAAUAUCCGAGCUCCAAAGCUCAAAAGGCUACUUGUACAGCACAAUAGUGAGAUACAAUCAAUAUGUUUUACAGACACCCAAAAUCUGAGUUACAUCGCUAUCAUAUUUGGUUUAACAAUGGGAAGUCCCAAGAGUGUUAAAACACCCAAUGUGGUUAGGUUUCUUGGUGACUUGCCUAGAAUUGCAGAGCUAAAUUUGGAUGGCUUUUUUAUUAAGAUUUUGGCUGCAGGUGGAGUUCCCCGUAGGCUUCCGACCACAGCUAACCUUUUGAAGAAGCUGUCCCAACUUGACGAAACUUCAGAUUUGGGUAAGAAUCUUGAAUCUGGAAACUUGACUUGCAUAAUAAUGGAGAGGAACGAUGAAGAACUGGUUCUAAAUCGUCUGGAAGCGCCAAACUGCAUGGAUCGAAUGCUGGACAAACUUCAAUCUGUGAAGAUAAGUUAUGUCAUGGGUUUGAAGCCUGAACUUCUUUUCAUCAAGCAUCUGUUAGCCCGCUCACCAGUGCUAGAAACAAUAUUCAUUCAGCACAGCGCAGAAGUUGAUUUCGAAAAAGGGUUCAGUAUCUCAAAAGAGUUGGCACGGUUUCCUCGGGUGUCACCAAAAGCAGCAAUAAUAUACUAG